AUGUCACAGAAUCAGAUUCCUGAUCUUUCUCUACAAAUUAGUCUUCCAAACAGUGAUCUUUCAUCAAUUUGCGCAACAACAAAUGAAGUUGAUGAUUUGGAUUCACCUUUUGAUAUAUGGAAAAAUGUUCAUGAAGGUUUCAAAUCUCAUAGCGAUGGUUUUUCAUCUUCAUUCAAGAAAAAUGGCGAUUCAUUUCAAAGAACUGAUGAUACAGAACUUUCGUUAACUACAACAACAGUUCCUUCUGAAGCUGAGAGUCUUUGGAAGCGAAAAAGCUUUGUUAGAUUAAGACCCUUUAAUGGAAUCCCUUGCAAUCCUUCAAUAUUAGAGAAAGAUUCAAAUUUUUCUCUUCAUCCUUCUUGUUCUUCUGGUAAUAGCGUUUUUGAGGGUGUUAAGCAAGUUUCGAGGUUUAAUGGAAUAACUAUGGAGAGUUUAAGGGCUCACAAGUUUCAAUACUUGAAUUUAAAUCAACAUCAAAUUCUACAACAACAGCAGCAACGGCAACAACAGAAGUAUAAUCAGUUUGGAAAUUCGGAGUUUGGAAAUGGACAAGAGAAGUAUAAUCAGUUUGGAAAUUCGGAGUUUGGAAAUGGAUUUGUAAGGUCAAGAAUGAUGAUGCCAAGGCAACAAAGUAAUAAGAGGAACACGAGAGCUCCGAGGAUGCGGUGGACUAGUUCGCUUCAUAAUCGAUUUGUUCACGCCGUUGAGCUUCUCGGCGGCCAUGAAAGAGCAACACCUAAGUCAGUUUUGGAGCUAAUGGAUGUGAAAGAUCUAACACUAGCUCAUGUGAAGAGCCAUUUACAGAUGUAUAGAACUGUAAAAAACACUGACAAGCCAGCAGCUUCUUCAGAUGGAGAUGAGAAUUUCAUGUCCCUAACACCACCUCAUACUCAGAAUAAUCUAUCUCUAGAUCAUGAUAUUAGCUUCAUUUCCAAUAAUUUAUGGGGAAAUUCAUCUUCAAGUAAAGGAACAUGGACACAAGGUAAUUCCAGAGAUUUUGAUGAGCAUAGUACAGAAGAAACCCUAUCAUCUCAACACCUAGAGAACCUUCUUCAGGGAAACAACUAUACACAAUCAAGAAGCUUCAAGGAUCAAAACAUAGAUUGUCAGAAAAAUCCAAACUUGGAGUUCACCUUAGGGAGAUCAAAUUAA